AUGGGGAAGAAGUGGAGGGAUGCGGCGGAGAUGGAGCGGGGCUGCUCCGACCGCGACGACAGCGCGGAGAGCCGCAGGCGCAGCCGGAGCGCCAGCCGGGGCAGGUUUGCCGAGUCGUGGAAAAGGUUAAGUUCCAAGCAGGGAUCCACCAAGCGCUCGGGACUCCCAUCGCAGCAGACUCCGGCUCAGAAAUCCUGGAUAGAAAGAGCAUUUUAUAAAAGAGAAUGUGUUCACAUCAUACCCAGCACCAAAGACCCCCAUAGGUGUUGCUGUGGGCGUCUGAUCGGCCAGCAUGUGGGCCUCACUCCCAGUAUCUCCGUUCUUCAGAAUGAGAAAAAUGAGAGUCGCCUCUCCCGAAAUGACAUCCAGUCCGAGAAGUGGUCCAUCAGCAAGCACACUCAACUCAGCCCGACGGAUGCUUUUGGGACCAUUGAGUUCCAAGGAGGUGGCCAUUCCAACAAAGCCAUGUAUGUGCGAGUAUCCUUUGAUACAAAACCUGAUCUCCUUCUGCACCUGAUGACCAAGGAAUGGCAGCUGGAGCUUCCCAAGCUUCUCAUCUCCGUGCAUGGGGGCCUACAGAAUUUUGAACUCCAACCAAAACUCAAGCAAGUCUUUGGGAAGGGUCUCAUCAAAGCGGCCAUGACAACUGGAGCGUGGAUAUUCACGGGAGGGGUUAACACAGGUGUUAUUCGCCAUGUUGGAGAUGCCUUAAAGGACCAUGCAUCCAAGUCUCGAGGGAAGAUAUGUACCAUAGGCAUCGCCCCCUGGGGAAUUGUGGAAAACCAAGAGGACCUGAUUGGAAGAGAUGUCGUCCGGCCAUAUCAGACCAUGUCCAAUCCCAUGAGCAAGCUCACUGUUCUCAACAGCAUGCAUUCCCACUUCAUUUUGGCCGACAACGGGACCACCGGGAAAUAUGGAGCCGAAGUGAAGCUGAGGAGACAACUGGAAAAGCAUAUUUCUCUCCAGAAGAUAAACACAAGAAUCGGUCAAGGAGUUCCGGUGGUGGCACUCAUUGUGGAAGGAGGACCCAAUGUGAUCUCGAUUGUCUUGGAGUACCUUCGAGACACCCCUCCCGUGCCUGUUGUUGUCUGUGAUGGGAGUGGACGGGCAUCUGACAUCCUGGCAUUUGGGCAUAAAUAUUCAGAAGAAGGCGGACUUAUCAAUGAAUCUCUGAGAGACCAGCUGCUGGUGACCAUCCAGAAGACUUUCACAUACACUCGGACCCAAGCCCAGCAUCUGUUCAUCAUCCUCAUGGAGUGCAUGAAGAAGAAGGAAUUGAUUACGGUCUUUCGGAUGGGGUCAGAAGGACACCAGGACAUUGAUUUAGCUAUCCUGACAGCUUUGCUCAAAGGAACAAAUGCCUCAGCCCCAGACCAGCUGAGCUUAGCUCUAGCCUGGAACAGAGUGGACAUCGCUCGCAGCCAGAUCUUUAUUUAUGGGCAGCAGUGGCCGGUGGGGUCUUUGGAGCAAGCCAUGCUGGAUGCCCUAGUUCUGGACAGAGUGGAUUUUGUGAAAUUACUCAUAGAGAAUGGAGUAAGCAUGCACCGCUUUCUCACCAUCUCCAGACUAGAGGAAUUGUACAAUACGAGACAUGGGCCCUCAAACACAUUGUACCACUUGGUCAGGGAUGUCAAAAAGCGAGAAUAUCCAGGUUUCGGUUGGAUCUAUUUUAAGGGGAACCUGCCCCCAGACUAUAGAAUCAGCCUGAUUGACAUCGGCCUGGUGAUCGAGUACCUGAUGGGCGGGGCUUAUCGCUGCAACUACACGCGCAAGCGCUUCCGGACGCUCUAUCACAAUCUCUUUGGCCCCAAGAGGCCCAAAGCCUUGAAACUACUGGGAAUGGAGGAUGAUGUCCCCUUAAGGCGAGGAAGAAAGACCACCAAGAAGCGAGAAGAAGAGGUGGACAUUGACUUGGAUGACCCUGAGAUCAACCACUUCCCUUUCCCUUUCCAUGAGCUGAUGGUGUGGGCUGUCCUGAUGAAGAGGCAGAAGAUGGCCCUGUUCUUCUGGCAGCAUGGAGAGGAGGCCAUGGCCAAGGCCCUGGUGGCCUGUAAGCUCUGCAAAGCCAUGGCUCACGAGGCUUCGGAGAAUGACAUGGUGGACGACAUCUCCCAGGAGCUGAACCACAACUCCAGGGACUUCGGCCAGCUGGCUGUGGAGCUCCUAGACCAGUCCUACAAGCAGGAUGAGCAGCUGGCCAUGAAGCUGCUGACGUAUGAGCUGAAGAACUGGAGCAACGCCACCUGCCUGCAGCUAGCUGUGGCUGCCAAGCACCGCGACUUCAUUGCACACACGUGCAGCCAGAUGCUGCUCACAGAUAUGUGGAUGGGCCGACUCCGGAUGCGCAAGAACUCGGGCCUCAAGGUAAUUCUGGGAAUUCUACUUCCUCCUUCAAUUCUCAGCUUGGAGUUCAAGAACAAAGACGACAUGCCCUAUAUGUCUCAGGCCCAGGAAAUCCACCUUCAAGAGAAGGAGCCGGAAGAGCCAGAGAAGCCCACGAAGGAAAAAGAUGAAGAGGACAUGGAACUGACAGCAAUGUUGGGACGAAACAACGGGGAGUCUUCCAGAAAGAAGGAUGAAGAGGAAGUUCAGAGCAGACACAGGCUAAUCCCCCUGGGCAGAAAAAUCUAUGAAUUCUACAACGCACCCAUUGUGAAGUUCUGGUUCUACACGCUGGCGUACAUCGGAUACUUGAUGCUCUUCAACUAUAUCGUGUUAGUGAAGAUGGAGCGCUGGCCUUCCACGCAGGAAUGGAUCGUCAUUUCCUAUAUAUUCACCCUGGGAAUAGAAAAGAUGAGAGAGAUUCUGAUGUCAGAACCAGGGAAGUUGCUACAGAAAGUGAAGGUGUGGCUGCAGGAAUACUGGAAUGUCACAGACCUAAUAGCCAUCCUUUUGUUCUCUGUCGGAAUGAUCCUUCGUCUCCAAGACCAGCCCUUCAGGAGUGAUGGGAGGGUCAUCUAUUGUGUGAACAUCAUUUACUGGUACAUCCGUCUACUAGACAUCUUCGGUGUGAACAAGUAUCUGGGCCCAUAUGUAAUGAUGAUUGGAAAAAUGAUGAUAGACAUGAUGUACUUUGUCAUCAUUAUGCUGGUGGUACUGAUGAGUUUUGGGGUCGCCAGGCAAGCCAUUCUCUUUCCCAAUGAAGAGCCAUCAUGGAAAUUGGCCAAGAACAUCUUCUACAUGCCCUAUUGGAUGAUUUAUGGGGAAGUGUUUGCGGACCAGAUAGACCGUAAGCAAGUUUAUGAUUCUCAUACACCAAAGUCAGAGCUGUUCAUAACUGAUGAUGAGCUCAAGAAAGUACACGAUUUCGAAGAGCAGUGCAUAGAGGAAUAUUUCAGAGAAAAGGACGAUCGAUUCAACUCAUCUAAUGAUGAGAGGAUACGGGUGACUUCGGAAAGGGUGGAGAACAUGUCCAUGCGGCUGGAGGAAGUCAACGAGAGAGAGCACUGCAUGAAGGCCUCGCUCCAGACCGUGGACAUUCGGCUGGCACAGCUCGAGGACCUCAUUGGGCGCAUGGCCACAGCCCUAGAGCGCCUGACAGGUCUGGAGCGGGCUGAGUCCAACAAAAUCCGCUCCCGGACCUCGUCUGACUGCACAGACGCCGCCUACAUCGUGCGCCAGAGCAGCUUCAACAGCCAGGAGGGGAACACCUUCAAGCUCCAAGAGAGUAUAGACCCUGCAGGUGAGGAGACCAUGUCCCCAACUUCUCCAACCCUAAUGCCCCGUAUGAGAAGCCAUUCUUUCUAUUCGGUCAAUAUGAGAGACAAAGGUGGUAUAGAAAAGUUGGAGAGUCUUUUUAAAGAAAGGUCCCUGAGCCUACACCGGGCUACUAGCUCCCACUCUGUAGCAAAAGAGUCCAAAGCUCCUGCAGCUCCUGCAAACACCUUGGCCAUCGUUCCUGACUCCAGAAGACCGUCUUCGUGUAUAGACAUCUAUGUCUCUGCCAUGGAUGAACUGCACUGUGAUAUAGACCCUCUGGACAAUUCCGUGAACAUCCUUGGGCUGGGUGAGCCCAGCUUUUCGGCUCCAGCACCUUCCACAGCUCCUUCGAGUAGUGCCUAUGCAACUCUUGCACCCACAGACCGACCUCCAAGCCGGAGCAUUGACUUUGAGGACAUCACCUCCAUGGACACUAGAUCUUUUUCUUCAGACUACACCCACCUCCCAGAAUGCCAAAACCCCUGGGACACUGAGCCUCCAAUGUACCAGAGCCUCGAGCGUUCCAAAAGCAGCCGCUACCUAGCCACCACACCCUUUCUUCUAGAAGAGGCCCCCAUCGUGAAAUCUCAUAGCUUUAUGUUUUCUCCUUCGAGGAGCUACUACGCCAAUUUUGGGGUGCCCGUGAAAACAGCAGAAUACACAAGUAUUACAGACUGUAUUGACACAAGGUGUGUCAAUGCCCCUCAGGCGAUUGCUGACAGGGCCACCUUCCCUGGCGGUCUUGGAGGCAAAGUGGAGGAUUCAUCUUGCUGCCAUCCCGAGCGAGAAGCAGAACUGAGUCACCCCAGCUCUGACAGUGAGGAGAACGAGGCCAAAGGCCGGAGGGCCACCAUGACAGUACCCGCCCGGGAGGGUGAUAACUCGGACAGAACCCUGUCCAACAACAUCACGGUUCCCAAGAUAGAGCGUGCCAACAGCUACUCGGCGGAGGAGCCAAGCGUGCCAUAUGCACACACCAGGAAGAGCUUCUCCAUCAGUGACAGACUCGACAGGCAGCGGAACACAGCAAGCCUGCGAAAUCCCUUCCAGAGGAGUAAGUCCUCCAAGCCGGAGGGACGAGCGGACAGCCUGUCCAUGAGGAGACUGUCCAGAACAUCCGCCUUCCACAGCUUUGAAAGCAAGCACAACUAA